AGAAAGGAGCCUGCCAGUUCAGGCAAGUGCUCUUGACCUUUACGCUUAGCGCGUACCUCACCUCCACACGGAUACCCCCCGCCCCACUCCGCAUCCUUUGUGCGGUUCGUAAAUCUAUGGACAGCGGCAUGCCUCGUACGACGGCGCAGGAGGGCGAGGGCGCCUGCCCCACAGGCGACGCGCCAUCCUUGCGAUGUUCCUCUUCGGCAACGUGUCCACAGCACCACCUCAGCGCCACGAGGAGGCAGGGGGGCGACGACACGCACAGUCCUCUUAUGGCCUCAAGCACGUCGUACACCGCCGAUCGGCAGCCAAAAAAGCGAGGUGGCGUCCGCUUCUCCGGUGCACGUCUCGCCGUGCUUCUCAAUUGGUUAUUUUUUUACGUGGUUCUCCUCUUCGUGUCCGCCGUGCUGCCGCGCUGGUGUUGUCUCGCGCCACGGCUGCCUCUUCUCUUCGCCCACGCAACGCCCUUCGGCGCGGCGCUUUCUUUCUCCACCACCGCCUUCACGCCCUCGACGUGCCCGUCGAGCUUCGAUGACAUCAACUCCGCCACGCGGGAAAACUUCGUGAACACCUGCCCCUUCUACGACUUGUACUUCAUCCUCAUCUUUGAAGCACCAGUAGGAGCUGAAACGAGGUCGCACGUGGGUCGUGUACGAGAAAAGGAAGAGGAGGCGGUAGUGUUGUCAGCGAGGAAAGAGACGCUGUUUGCCUCGGCGAACGUGACGGCUCGAUGGAAUGAUUUAAAUGCCCAACGAGCAAUGCCGUCUGCGUCCGUCAACGCCGCCGCCGCCGCGGAGGAGGAGGAGGAGGAGGCGCACUUCUCCAGCGUGUUCAAAGGACCCCGCAACGGCCUUAGCGCCUACUACGAGGUCCUUACGACGGAGGAGUUCUUUUACAUGCUGACGGGCUGCACCAUUGUCGUCGAAGUCGGCUCCGGCGUCGCCCCGGCGUACGCGUACAACUCCUUUCAGGCCUACGUGGAGGGCUUCCGUCUUGACCCGCCAACGGCGCCGAUUGUCGCGGCCGCUCUCGGUACUACCACCACCUCUACCACCACAACAACCACAACAACGGUUGCACCGACGAAAUCAAGCUCCCGCGCGGACGACACACGGGACAGCCACACGGACGCUGUCCGAAUGGUCGAUGACGGGACGCAGACCUCCGACGCUUUCUUCGCGACAGCAACCAGCACAACAGCAGCGCCGCUUCACAAGACCACCGCUUCUGGUGAGGACGAGGUGUACCCCAACAUCUCGUCCAAGACGACCUUCUUUUAUUGGAACCAGCCUCGCCUGCACUGCCUGCUGAACGCGCCGGUGCUGAUGGCCAUGCGUACGCCACAGCAGACUUCAUCCUUAUCACGCAUGGGAGCUGGAGGGAUGACGGCAGCAACACCGACAGCAGCAGCAGCAACAGCAGCACAGCGGCGGCGGCAGUCGCCCCAGCCGGACGGACGCGUCAAUACCGCACGAUCCGCCGGAACGCCAACGGACACGACCGGCGGUUCAGCACAGACGAUGAAGAGUGUGUGGGAGCGACAAGCAGGCGAGCGCCUCGUGGGUGCCCGGCGCCACACCGCUGUGGAGCUACAAGACGCACCACCACAAGGGCCGGUCUCCUCUGCCUAUUCGGACUCCUCCUUUGCGUCCUGUGCACGUUAUCUGCCUCCACCCGCCAAGCUGCUGCCGCCCGUCCCGAUCAGCACGCUCCUCACCGCCAAUUACCUCCAGCUGUCGUCGUCUCUUGUGCUGAAGGUGAUCAGCUACGAUGUAUGGUACCAGCUGAGUCACCCGCCGAGCUCGGCGGCGGAUGCGUGGGUGAGCGCGGCGUCCCUGCUCGAGGCCUACGCGGAUGGCGCCGCACGGAAACGCAGCUACUCAACAGCGUUCCAACGCCUCCGGCGGACAAGGCACGACUCCGCCACCACCACCACUGCAGCAACAGAGGAUGGGGACGUCACGAUGGAGGACGUUGUCAACGCGCGCGAGGACGCGUACGAGUCUCUUGGCUACAACUUAGCCAUCGACCCCGCGCGGGUUUGUGCGGCGCCGGCGCUGUACACCGUCUCGCUCAACGCCCUGCUGGCCCAAGCCUCGUCCUGGAGCCUCGGCACCUCUGGCGACUGGUUGCAGACGAACGUGACGCUGCGCCACCGCUACCCCGCCGCGCGCGCCGUGGUGGUCGUCGCGCAGUGCUCCGGUGUGCCGCUCUCCUUUACCGUUCGUAUCACCUUCACCAACCCGCACGACCGCAUCGGCAGUGGCCAGAACUACUACAUCUCCAUCAUCUACUUCCUCUUCCUCGUGUGCUACGCGAUUCUGGCAGGGACUUUCCUGUUCCUGAUCGUCCCGUGCGGGAAGCGGCGGCGGCGGUGGCGCGAGCGGGAGCUGAAGGAGAAGGACGCGGCGAAGGUGCAGGGGGCGCACGCCGCGGGGGUGAAGAGCGAUCACGCUCGUCGCCACCGACGGCACCGCUUUCGCCGGCACCGCGCCGCAUCACCCGACACAGCGGAAAAGGGAGGAGCAGGGGGAGAGGCGAACGGCGGCGUCAGCGGCAGCAGCGGUGGAAAGACGGCGCACAAAUCGCCCAGGCAGCACAAAGGAACGUCGAGUACGCCAUCUGCAAAGCACCACGACGACUCCGAUGAACCCAUCAACAGCAAGGAGGAAGAAAACAACGACGGCAACAGUGGCGGGCAGCGCACACGCAGCGAGAAGGGCAGCCCGACAACGAAGAAAGUGAAGGCGACGGCGCAGGACAGCGGAGGUGCCGAAGCAGAAAUGUCGUCGCUGCACUCUCUGUAUUCCAACGCCUCGGCCCCCUCGUCCGACGACGUGGCGAUCAACAACAGCAGCAGCAGUGAAGACGGAGAUGACGAGGACAGCACCAGCACCAGCACUCGUAGCAGCAGUAGUAGUAGCAGCAGCAGCAGCAACGAUUACUCCUCUCUCUACUCCGACCUCGACGGCUUUCGGCGACCUCGUGCAACGCCGCUGACGAGCAGCGAUGAUGCGGACAGCGCGUCAGCGGGGGAUGCAAGUGGCGGUGCGCACGGAGCCCCUCAUCAUCACCGGCACAGCCGCUGUGGUCGACACCGACGUCAACGACAGCGACGCUCCCCUUCUCCCUCUAACUCCUCUUCCUCUUCGGCUGCUUCCUUGGCGCGGACACGGCGCAGCAAACCAGCGGAUUUGUUUACGCUGCUGUGCUGCUGGGCUGUUGUGGCGAACCCCGCAGCGAACAGCCACGAUGACGGUAGCAGUCAUCAUCACCCGCAUCAUCAUCGUCAUCACCGCAGGAGUGAGCUACGCCGUCGUCGACCGGUGCACCAACGUUGUCUCCACGCGAUCGCCGCACUCGGCUACGCCGUGUACGCCGGGCUGACGUGCACGGUGAUCGCACCGAUGGAACGGUGGUGGCGCGAGAGCUACAUCUUGAUCAUGUACGCGCCGCUGCAAUGGCUGCUGUUGGUUCUGAUGGCGCUGAAGGUGCUGCUGUGUAUCCUCUACUCCGCCAAGUACUCCUUGAUGGCGGGCUUCUCCAUUGGCGGGGUCACCUCGAACUACUCCCUCUUCGUUGUCUCCGUCAUCUUCGCGAUUACGGUCGACACGCUGGUCAUACCGGUGGAGAUGCUGAUUGGGAUGGGUUGGGGACUCGCCUUCACGUACCCGCUCCCGACGAACCAAAUCGUGAUUGUCUGCCUCGCCACAAUUGGAAUGUUCACCGUGUACAUCUUCCAGGCCACCUGCGACACCGACGGCUACAACCUCGCGCUCACGGCGAACAAGUACGCCAAAGCAGCGAACACGGCGCGGUGUAACUCGGUCACGUAUGCCCGCAUCGCCCUCGAACUCGUCUGUCGGCUGCACAACGUCCUGCGGAUGCUGUUGCUCAUGUUGUGGCUCUCGCGGAGCGUCAUACCGGCUGACGCAGCCGCCGUGCAGCGGCAGCGACGGCUGCAGGAACGGCAGCUACGCCGUCAUCGACGGCAGCAGCUGCACGACGGUCACCGCCGUGACACGAGCGGUGACAACGGAGGGGCUUAUAAAGGUCGAGGCGGCGGUGGCGGUGGUGGUGCUCCUCGGGCCUCAUCCCUCUCCUCCGCCGUAGAAGCAUCCGCAGCAGCUCGGCGGGGCAACGGACUCACAUCCGACCCCCCGCCGCAGCCACCACCGCCGAUUGCCCUCGCACCGCCACCCCGCCUCGACUACCCCAGCGUUGUUCUCCCCGCGAUGGAUGUGUACCUGCGCUAUCGGCGCAUGUGGGUCCCCUUUGGCAUGCUGCUGGUGUGGUACGUCCUGCACAUCGCCUUUGCCUUCUCCUUUUUCCAGCCAGAGGAUUACUACAUGGUGGUGGCCUUCCGCGAAUUCCAGACCUUCUACCUCUUCGCCUUUCUCGUGUUCUUUCUGCGGACCUCCUCGCCGGAGUACUCGUAA